AUGGUUGUUUGCUUGAAGGGGUAUCUAGACCGUGCACAGCGCUUGAAGACUUCACCUUCAUCAUGCUUCCAGGCAGAGUUACAAGACCUCCAGCUGGGCGGAAGACAGUGGCGCCAGCGACUUCAAGAGACCGCUACAAAGUUAGGCGAUCGAGGACGGCGCCUUUCAUUUGCGCAGCAAUUCUGUCCUGCGGAGCGUGAGCUCCUCCAGCUACAGGCAGAGCUGCAGCAUGCACAGGGCACCAGCAAGGAGACUCAGGAGGCGGAGCUGCAGCAGCUCCGCGACGAGGUCGCAGCUUUGGAAAAGGCCGAAGAGGAAGCAAAGGCGGCAGCAUCGCUGCCCGCCUCGGCGCCCGGAGUCGCUGCUUCCGCUGCCUCUUCGGCUGCCGCUUCUGCCUCGGUGCCCUCGGACUCGGCGCCCUCCACGGCACGCUCCGCCACCGGCGCCGCCGUGGCCUCUCCCCGGAGUGCCCCGCCGCCGCCGCCCCCCAAGGCAGGCAGAGAGGUCAGAGGUUGA